GAUUGCAUUAUGCAUGUUAUCGAGGGCGCCGAAUUACUGGCUUUGCAAUGAGGAAAAAGAACCUGGAAAGAUUAGUUCCCGAACGAGAGAGACAGAGAGCUGUAGGACUUCUGAAAAACUAUAGGAAAGCAGGGCUUGGACUUGGCCAUGGGAGAGAAGUCCAACACCAUCAGCAAUCCGCACCGCCACGAGUCCACCUUGAUGUUGUCGAAACCUGUAGAUGCUUGUUCGAAUUCUGGGUUACGCAGUACGACGGUGAAGGGUGGUGGCGUGGUGGCUCUAUGGAAGCUGCUUCUUUGCAAGUAGACACCUGGGGCAUCUUGCAUUGGAUUGAGAUGAUUGGACGCGGCCCUCAGCCCACUUUUUUGAAAUCACGUGGAAUUCUACACUAUAGUCAGGCCUACGUGGCGAGAGCUCUGGUCCUGCUGGGUUUUGCUGAGCUGGAGACUGGUGGGGCCCUGGUAACACCAUUCCCCAUGCUUUGAACGCCGAAAUCUUACUGUCAGUAAGGGGAAGUGCAGGAUGAUGUGUGAUGCUUUCCGAGCAGGAAGUUCAAUGAACUAGCCACUGGAGUCAGCCCAGGUUAGUGCCCCAAAACUCUACUUUAGUGCAUUCAUAUAACGUGGGGGUGUCGCCAUGUGGGACGUUCCUGAAUAAUCCAUCUUAUUCUAGGAGUAGAAAGAUAAUCUUUUACUCCGUUGUUUGGUGAGCAAUUACUACCGCCUCCUCCUUCGUGAAGACAGGGCUGUUUUUGGCUUUGCCUUGCUACCACAACAAUGGGGUUGUUUUUUUGUUUUACUUUUAUUUUUCUGAAUAAAUUUAUUUUAAAUAAUGGUGUAGAAUGCAAAGUUAAA